UCAAAUAAGGAAACAAAGAGAAUUGCUUUGUCUUUCUUCUCCAUCUCUGUCUGGAUAUAGACCCACUUCCGUUGUGGAGCCAUUUUUACUUUUCAUUUUCCUCCACAGAGAUAUUAACUGAUCCAGAACCCUAAUUCACGCACACACACACUACAUUUCUCGGGCUUACAUGUCCUCCGAUUUUCAAAAACUCCGAAUUUGCCUGUAGAAGAUUCUGGAAGUCGUCUGUGAAGGUCGAUUUAGGGUUAUCAACAAGUUGAUGGAUGAUCGUUAUGCCUCAACUGCGUAGCGCAGUGCGCAGAGGCCGUCAAAAACCGAUUGCUACUAACGCACCACAACACGCGCCGUCACCGAACGACGAACCGCACGCGCUGCCGACAAGGCGAGGGAGGAAGAAGAAAAACGACGUUCAACCGGCUGCUCCUAACGCACCACCACACGCGCCGCCUAAAGAGCGAGGGAAGAAGAAGCAAAACGACGUCGUGCAUGCUGUGGCAGUUGAAAAUGAUGUUGUUGUGAAGAAAACAGUGUCGUCGCAGAGAACUGGUGAAGAGGAAAAGGAGAGCGAGGAAAUGGAUGAGUAUGAGAGUGGCGGAGGAAGUGGAAAUAAAGCUUUGGGAGGAGGCGCGGAGGAUGAAGGCAACACACCUCCAUUGCCUGAAAGGGUCCAGGUUGGCGGAUCACCAACUUAUAGGAUUGAGAAGAAGCUUGGUAAAGGAGGAUUUGGUCAAGUGUAUGUAGGUCGUCGUGUAAAUAUAACAAAUCCUCAUGAACGAACUGGCGCUGGAGCCGUAGAGGUUGCCUUAAAAUUUGAGCACAGAAGUAGCAAAGGUUGUAACUAUGGACCACCUUAUGAGUGGCAGGUCUACAAUGCCCUUGGUGGUAGUCAUGGUAUACCACGUGUUCAUUAUAAGGGACGUCAAGGUGAUUUCUACAUUAUGGUCAUGGAUAUGCUUGGUCCUAGUUUAUGGGAUGUCUGGAACAACAAUUCCCAUACGAUGUCUACUGAAAUGGUAGCAUGCAUUGCCAUUGAAGCUAUCUCAAUAUUAGAGAAGUUGCACUCUAGAGGGUAUGUGCAUGGGGAUGUAAAACCUGAGAACUUUCUUCUUGGGCCACCUGGGACUCCUGACGAGAAAAAAUUGUUUCUGGUUGACCUUGGAUUAGCAACAAGGUGGCGUGACACUUCAACUGGUCUACAUGUUGAAUACGAUCAGCGACCUGAUGUCUUUAGAGGAACUGUAAGGUAUGCUAGUGUGCAUGCUCACCUUGGGCGGACUGGAAGCCGGAGGGAUGAUCUAGAAUCUCUUGCUUACACACUCAUUUUCCUUCUCCGAGCCAAGUUGCCGUGGCAGGGUUACCAGGGUGAUAAUAAAGGUUUCCUUGUCUGUAAGAAAAAGAUGGCAACUUCUCCAGAAACUCUUUGCUGUCUCUGCCCGGCUCCAUUUAGACACUUUGUGGAGUAUGUUGUGAACCUGAAAUUUGAUGAGGAGCCCAACUAUGCUAAAUAUAUCUCCUUAUUUGAUGGAAUAGUAGGUCCAAAUCCAGACAUUAGGCCAAUUAACACUGAUGGUGCACAGAAGCUUAUAUAUCUAGUCGGACAGAAGAGAGGCAGACUGACAGUGCAAGAAGAUGAUGAUGAACAACCAAAGAAGAAGGUGCGAAUGGGAAUGCCUGCAACACAGUGGAUUAGUGUUUACAAUGGUCGUCGUCCCAUGAAGCAAAGGUAUCACUAUAACGUUGCUGAUGAGAGGCUAUCUCAGCAUAUUGACAAAGGAAAUGAGGAUGGACUGUUUAUCAGCAGUGUGGCCUCCUGUUCGAACUUGUGGGCCCUAAUCAUGGAUGCAGGGACUGGAUUUAGUGCUCAAGUUUACAAAUUAUCACCUUAUUUUCUUCACAAGGAAUGGAUUAUGGAGCAAUGGGAGAGGAACUAUUAUAUUAGUGCUGUAGCAGGAGCUAGCAACGGGAGCUCCUUAGUUGUCAUGUCAAAGGGUACCCAGUAUCUUCAGCAGUCUUACAAAGUCAGCGAGUCCUUUCCAUUUAAGUGGAUAAACAAAAAAUGGAAGGAGGGUUUCUAUGUCACUGCCAUGGCAACUGCUGGAAGUAGAUGGGCAAUUGUUAUGUCUCGCGGAUCUGGGUUUUCUGAUCAGACAGUGGAAUUGGAUUUUCUGUAUCCUAGUGAAGGGAUCCAUAAGAGAUGGGAUGCUGGUUAUCGUAUCACAGCGACUGCAGCUACAUGGGAUCAAGUUGCUUUUGUUCUAAGUAUACCAAGAAGGAAACCUACUGAUGAAACGCAAGAGACGCUUCGUACCUCUGCUUUUCCCAGCACUCAUGUCAAGGAGAAAUGGGCAAAGAAUCUUUACCUUGCAUCUGUCUGUUAUGGGCGAACUGUUUCUUAGACAAAAUGUUGCUGGAAGUACUUUCAAUGGUGCCAUGAGAUUCUCUUUGUAGUGCUUGAAGAAAGUGCUGCUAUUUUUGGUCUAAGGGGAGAAAUGGAUUACAAUAUUUACUCCUUGACAAAGCUGACUCAGAAUUCUCCACUGAAGAUGAUCUUUGCAAAGUCCCCUGUCAUUAAUGUAUGUGAUUGUUCCUGAUAUCCAGGAUGGUGUUUUUGUCAGUCAGUUUGUGAGUGUAGAUUUUUAGGGGGUGGGAUUCACAAUUGGUUAAAGUUUGUACAGAUCAAAUAGUUCCUUUUAGGGGGUAAGCCAAACAGGCUAUCUUUGUAGUGUUAUGAACCAUGCAAGGAUCUUGCAACGAGUUUGAACAUUAGCAGUCAAAUCUUCUCAUUUUAUUUUCUAGUUAUUUUUCCCAGUUUUGACUUCUGUCCUCUGCCUUUAUGCUAGUUAAUUCUACUUUGCGGGUUCAACCUCUAAAUGAUGAUAAUUUGAGUUGCUAGCUGAAGAAUGAGCAGAUUCCUCCUAAGGUGGUUCUUCGGGAUAGUGCCUUUAUCAGAAGCUAACUCCACCCUUUGCCCCCAAACUAUUGGACAAAAUUAGAACCGGACAAAUGUUGGGUAUAUUCUUCUAGUAUCUCACGAGAUGAUUGCUGCAGCCAAUGAUAUAGUCGAGAUCCUAUUAUUUGAUAGCUGGGGCAACAUAACUUUUGUAUAUUCAUGUGCUUCCACACUCAGCUGAUUGGUCAUCUACUCUAGUCACAUUUGCAAAUUUGUUUUCAGAACUAGGUUUGCAGAAUUGUGGUAACAAUGUGAUGUUGGCAUUUCGCCUGUUGAGUUAGUUUGGUGCUCUUCA